AUGGCGCGGGUGGAGUACCGAGGAGUCGCCGGCGUCGGCCAGGGCCUGGGGCACAGAGGAGUCCUCCUAGUCAAGGAGAUCGGAGAGAAGAAGAUGAUGGCGGCGCGAGGACACAUGAGGGUAGACGUCGAGAGGAUCGGCCGUCCAGUGCCAUCCUUCUUCCGUGAUGCUGCUGCAUGCCAGGAUUCGCAGUGGCACCGCCGCAACCAGCGAGGACACAAGAUCACGAGGAUUGUUGCCGCUCCCGAGGACAUGGGAGCUGCCAUAGCCAGCGAGAGCUUCAAGACACCAGUGCUCCUCCCCCUCCAGUGUAUUCAACCCACGGUGUAUCUUAUCCGCUCCCCUCCUAGCACGGCGGAGGAGGAGAGGGUGAGGGGCGGCGCCGCACUCUCCAACUUCUGUCUACACACCACCUACGCGCCGUCGUCCGUCCGGGUGGUCGGCGGCGGCUACCGCGCCCCGGAGGUGGCGUCUACUCCCUGGGCGUGCUCCUGCUGGAGCUCCUCAUGGCAAGUCCCCGACGCACGCGUCAGGGCGCCGGCGACGUACGUCCUCCUUCUCUUCUUUCACGAGACGGCUCCGGGCUUCGACCAAAUCCCGCCCAACUCGCCCAGAUCGAGGCCUUCAGGCUUUUGUGGAAUCCUCGUUCAGCUCUCCGCCUCUACCAGAUCCACGCUGAGGGGCUUCGGCGCCAUCCCCCGGUGUGAUUUCCUCAUGGGUCCCGGCUUGAUCGAGGCCAAAGGCUUCGGCCGUCCGUCCACCAUGGCUGGGACCUGCGCGGAAACUGUAGAUGAAUUUAUACGAGUGGAAUCGACACUGCGGCAGGGUACGGUGGAGUCACAUUGUGCAGCCUCGGUGUCCCAAUCAGGGAUUCCUUCUAAGGAUGCAUAUAUUUUGAAGGAUCACAUGAGCAGAGGGGUUCAGCAACUCUUACUACUCCUGGCUGUGAAAGCUUCUGCUUACCUGCUUAUCCAUGGUCUUUUUGAGCCAUCCAAAUUGCAAAACGCAAGUCACCAACACCAAGAAUCAGGUUCCUGCUAGAGGAACCCAAAGCAGAGCAAGAGAAGGAAAACGACGGUGAAGAGGUUCUGUUGGAGAAAGGGCUGCAUCACAUACUUGCCACCAAGGCCAUGUUGUUGAGGAGCCUGUGAUUGCCGCUCCAGCUGCCUCUUGCGCCAUGGCCCAUCGCGUGGGGUGCAUUGUGAGAGUCUGCAUCAGGCUCGCGUCGCCUCUCCAGCAGUGAUGCAGCACUCUAGGUAAUAGUUAGUAUUGGUGUCAACGAGAGCAACUAGAGUCGCUAGCUGUUAUGCUAAAAGCAACAGGAUGCAUCUUCUCCAUGCAAGAAGACAAUAAGGAUAAAGCAGCAAAGAGCAGGCCGUUGGUGGUGAUGGAUAAUUUCUCUAAUCAAUUAAAUCGUAGAUGCCCUCCAGCAUUGCACACUAAGAGAUUGCAUUGCUUAGAUAUAAUGGAAGGUGACUUCAGUUUUCAAGAAAGUUGAGGUGUCGUGAUUGUUAUUUUUUUAUGCAACAAUUACAUAAGCUUGCCUGGCAAGUAUACAUUCUGAAUUGUAUGUUCAGAUGAUAUUCACAUAUUUAGACUGAAUCGUUAAAUCUAGCAUAUUUAUUUUUCUCA